CAAAAUACACACACACACACACACACACUCACACACACACACACACACACACACACACACACACACACACACACACACACACACACUCAAGCACAGUCACAAAUAACUACAUUAUAAAUAGAUCAUCAGUUAUUCAGGGGGGAUUUUGAUAGGUCACCAUAGCAGAGAGCACAAGGCAGGAAUAAGAGAAGAGAAGAGAAGAGAAGAGAAGCAAAGAGAAGAGAAGAGAAGCAAAGAGAAGAGAAGAAAAGAGAAGAAAAGGGAAGAGAAGAGAAGCAAAGAGAAGAGAAGAAAAGAGAAGAAAAGGGAAGAGAAGAGAAGACAAGCGAAGCAAAGAAAAGAGAAGCGAAGAGACCAGAGAAGAGAAGAGAAGAGAAAGGAGAGAAGAGAAGAGAAGAGAAGAGAAGGCCUCAAAAGCAGAAUCAGACCCUUAUUAUAACUGAUCAGCACCAUGUCCUCAGAGCAGCCGUCUUUACCCUCAGGAGACCCUGUGUGCCCGGGAUGCCAGGCAGAGGGGUCCCUGCUGCUGCCCUGUGGGCACAGCCUGUGCCAGUCCUGUUUAGAGCUCUGUCAGCUGGAGUUAGGGCAGGACCAGCAGGGAUGCACGGAGUGUUACGGGCGAGAGCUGCUGGACGGGGUUCUGAAAGGCCUGUUCGACUCGCUGUUUCAGGAUCAGACUCGGAGGGUCGCCACGGGGGCGGAGCUGGGUCUGGUGGACAGCGCGGAGGGCACAGACCAGGCCAAGGAUGGCAGGAUGUGCGCCAGGCAUGGAGAGAGGCUGACUCUGUUCUGUGAGGAGGAUGAGGAGCUGAUCUGUGGUCAGUGUCAGGAGGAAGAGCAUGAGGAUCACACCUGUAGCAGCACGGAGGAGGCUGCUGAGGAGUGUAAGAGGGAGCUCAGGUCUGCACUGAGACCCCUGCAGGAGAAGCUGGACAUCCUGAGCACAGCCAAGCAAAACUGUCAGGACACUGCUGAGCACAUCAGGAGGCAGACCCAGCAUGCAGUGCGGCUGAUAAAGGCAGACUUUGAGAAGCUGCAGCAGUUCCUGCGGGAUGAAGAGGCCUCCAUACUGAACGCUGUGAAGGAGGAAGAGGAGCAGAAGAGCCGGAAAAUGAAGGAGAAGAUGGAGAGAUUAACAGAUGAAAUUACAGCUCUGGCCGACAUAAUUAACUCCACAGAAGAAGCCAUGAGCUCUGAGGAUACUGAGUUUCUGAAGGGCUAUAAGAAGACGUCUGAGCGAGUGGAGAUCUCACUGCAGUAUCCUGAGGAGACGCCUGGAGCUCUGAUUGAUUUGGCCAAACACCUGGGCUGCCUCAAGUUUAGAGUCUGGGAGAAGAUGCAAAAUGUUGUAAGAUACACUCCAGUGACCCUCGACCCGAACACUGCGGACGUCUCCCUGUCUCUGUCGGAUGAUCUCAGCACUCUCCGCUACACUGAAGAAGAGCAGCAGCUUCCGGAUAACCCCGAGCGCUUCUGCUACUACGACUGUGUUCUGGGCUCGGAGGGCCUGGGCUCCGGACGCCACAGCUGGGAGGUGGACGUGGGGGAAAGCAGCGAGUGGGCUCUGGGGGUGGUGAAGGAGAACGUGAUCAGGAAGGAGUGGUUCCCCCCCAGCCCUGAGCGGGGCAUGUGGACCCUCUGUCUGUACGGUGGAGAGUACCGGCCCAAAAACGCCACCGGCGCCCCCCUCACCCUCAAGAAGAAGCCCCACAAGGUGCGGGUGCAGCUAGACUGGGAUGUGGGGCGGGUCAUGUUCUCGGACGCCAGCGACAACACGCUGCUCUACAAGUUUAAGGACAAGUUCUCCGAGAAGCUGUUUCCGUAUUUCUCCAACACCUGCAAGAGGCAUCCUCUACGCAUCCUCGCCGAGAAGGUGUCCGUCUACACUGAGUAGCCCAGCGCUUCAAAAGAUAAAGGUUCUCGACUCAUUUAACCCUUUAAACCUUAAUUAAUAACAUAAUUUAAAUCAGUAACUAGAUAGAUAGAUAGAUAGAUACUUUAUUAUUAGGGGGGCCCCCACUUACUAUUACUAUUACAUAAUGUACAUCACUUUAAUAGUGCCUAGCAUAGAACCAUGUGGCACUACAAAAAUGCUUGCAUAGUAAAUGGCUAUACAAUAUAAAAUCACUAUAGGAUUAAUAACUAAAUUAUUGCCUUGGGUUACGGGGUUAAAAGUACAUUCUUCAAUGUUUGGAAAUCAGUGUACAGAUUUAGUCAUGUUUAGGAAAUUCUGGGUGUCUUUCUUGAUCAGGUUGAUCAUGUUUGUAGACCAGCUAAACCAUCAAAAGCUGACCGGGGUUUUUUUUUUAGCAUUAUUAUUAUUUUAAGAUGAUUUGUAUAUGCCACAUUUUAUGUUUUCUUCCUCCUUACCACAAUAAAAUGUGUGGAAAUGUA